AUGAAAGUCAUUCUCACUGGCUCCACCGGCUUCAUCGGGAAUGAAGUCCUACAACAAUGUCUCCAGCAUCCGAGUAUCACCUCGAUAGUAGCUCUCAGCCGACGCGACCUACCCCAACACGAUAAGCUCAAAGUGGCCAUAAUGAACGAUUUCCUUUCAUACCCAGACGCAGUUCGCGAAGAGAUAAAAGGUGCAGAUGCAUGUAUCUGGACACUCGGUCUAAUACCUAGCAAAAUACCAAAGAAUGAUGAAGCUGGUACUCGUCGUGUGAGCAUAGAAUACACCUUAACAGCAGCAAAAGAGUUCGAAGAACAUUGUCAAAAACCUUUCCGGUUCAUCUAUGUUAGUGGUGCUGGAGCGGAACGAGGUCAGGAUAAGCCGUUGUGGGUUAUGCAAGAUUAUCGGCGUCUUCGGGGCGAGGUGGAGAGUGGACUUUUGGAUUUUGCGGAGUCAAAGCCGGAUUUCAGCUGCUACAUUAUGCAACCAGGCCUCGUGCUUUCGCGGGGAAUGAGUUUGAGGAAUUUGGUCUUUGGGCUUGCACCUUCUAUCAGAGUGGAUGAUAUGGCGAGAUCUAUGGUGGACCUAGCGCUCAAGGGUGGAGAGAAGAGAAUUUGGGAGAAUGAUGAGAUGAAAGAGCGGAAAGGGGGAGCUUAG